AUGGUUAGACCACCUUGUUGCGAGAAGGUCGAGGUGAAGAAAGGACCAUGGACUCCUGAAGAAGACAUAAUCUUGGUCUCUUAUAUCCAACAGCAUGGCCCUGGAAACUGGAGAUCUGUUCCUACCAACACCGGUUUGCUAAGAUGUAGCAAGAGUUGUAGACUUAGAUGGACUAAUUACCUUCGUCCCGGGAUCAAACGAGGAAAUUUCACUCAACCUGAAGAGAAGAUGAUUAUCCACCUCCAAGCUCUUUUGGGUAAUAGAUGGGCAGCUAUAGCAUCAUAUCUACCUCAGAGGACCGACAACGAUAUCAAGAACUAUUGGAACACUCAUUUAAAAAAGAAGCUCAAGAUGAAGCUUGAGAACAUCAUCAACAAAGACAACACCGACAUUACAGAGAUGUCUUCUUGUAACAACAACAAAAGGAUCGCCAACAAAGGCCAAUGGGAGAAAAAGCUUCAAACAGACAUCAACAUGGCUAAACAAGCCUUGUUCCAAGCCUUAUCACUUGACCAACCACCUUCAUCGAUCCCUCCCGAUCUCGACUCACCAAAACCUCAUCAUCAUCUUUCUACGACUACUUAUGCUUCAAGCACAGAGAAUAUCUCUAAGUUACUUCAAAACUGGACAAGCUCAUCUUCUUCAAGGCCUAACACUUCAUCACUCUCCAACAAUCGGAGCUCAAGCACCGGUGAAGGAGGAGUUCUUGAUCAUCACUCUUUGUUCUCCUCAAACUCAGAAUCUGGAUCAGUUGAUGAGAAGCUGAAUUUAAUGUCAGACACAAGUGUGUUCCAAGGUGAGAGCAAACCAGACUUUGACAUUGAAGCUGCUACUACUGAUAAUCAAGGCUCCUUGUCUUUGAUUGAGAAAUGGUUGUUUGAUGAACAAGGCUUGGUUCAGUGUAAUGAUGAUCAAGAAGGUCUCAUUGACGUGUCUUUAGAGGUUAAAAAUAAUGAUAACCACAGUCAAGAUUUGUUCUGA